AUGGGUCUAUUUGAGGCUUCAUAUGGAAGGCGAUGUAGAUUACCCAUAGGUUGGUUUGAAGUGCGUGAAGCCGCAGUGAGUGGACCUGAUACUGUGUUUAAGCCUAUGGAGAAAGUUAAGCUAAUUUGGGAAAGGUUAAAGACAGCCCAAAGUCGUCAGAAUUCAUAUGCAAAUGUGAGAAGAAGAGCUCUUCAGUUUGAGGUUAACAAUCUGGUAGUUUUGAAUCGUGUUGGGCAAGUAGCUUACAAGAUUGAAUUGCCUGCCGAUUUGUCACCUGUCCAUCCUAUCUUUCACGUUUUUAUGCUCAAGAAGAACAUUGGUGAUUCUGUUGUUGUUGAUCCAUUAGAAAGUUUCGAUGUUCAGGAUAACCUUUCGUACGAUGAAGUUCUGGUUGAAAUCCUAGGUUAUCAA